GGCAGCAGGGGUGCGGAAACGCGCUGCUCUUCCUGCCUAGGAUAUACGGUACAGGGGUACAGGGGUUGGCCCUGGCUCGGUCCACCUGCCAGCGCCGUUUAAAGUUUCUGAGGCUCGCAAGAACACAAUGACUUGGAUCAAACGGCCUAAAUGGCAAGAAGGGUGUUUCUACUGCAUCCAGGAAGCCCUUAAACUCCUGCGGACCACCUCCUUGCAGGCGUCCACGCGCUCGCCCGCCCUCCUCUGUCACUGACCAGAGACGAUUUCUGAGGAUCCCUUGAAAGCCUGGCGCUUUAUGGCUGGAAAAUGAAAGGACGCCGGAGUGUGGCCACAUCAUUAUUUUGUGUCGCGCGGGACCAGAUGGGCAGCCAGUGAAUGGCGCAGGGAUGUGAUGGACAGUUUUAUAAUGUGAUUUCCCCUCAGAAAGCUAAAGCCGGCUUCCUUUCCCUCUAUUUCCUCUCGGUCUGUAGUACUUGCGUUCUCCCCCGCUCUGCAAUAUCAAUUAACUCAACUUCGCCGUGGAGUGGCCAAGAGGGAAGAGGGUGAAUUGGUCUCUCUCAUCUCGGUCAGAGCCGGAGGAGUGACGGCGACCAGGGGACUGCGGCGGGACCCGGAGCGGAGCGCCCCGUGCAGAUCGCAGGGUGGGUACGCGCAGGCGGUUAUGGAGCGGACGGUGCUCUGGACCCACCGCGGAUAGACACCCCGGCGGCCGGAGGGGCCCUCUGACCUCGGGGCUGACUUAGCAGCCGCUGCCACCUCGCAGCCGCAGCGUUUUCCUGCCAUUAUCACCGCUCUUGAGAAGUCAUGGAAGACGCGACAGUGCCAGACCUCAGAGACAUCGAGCUGAAGCUGGGGCGCAAAGUGCCGGAGAGCCUAGUGCGCUCGCUGCGCGGGGAGGAGCCGGCUCCCCUGGAAAGGAUCAGGGACCCCUGUGGGGGGAGCGGCGGCGGUGGUGGCGGCUGUAGUAGCAGCAGCAGCUGCUGCAGCCUCCCUCCCUCCUGGUCGUCCUCCUCUUCGUCCUCCCCAGCCUCGGGCUCCCCAGGAAGACGGAGCCACUCCAGCACCCUGGAAAGGCUGGAAACCAAGCUGCACCUCCUCAGGCAAGAGAUGGUUAAUCUCAGAGCCACGGACGCCAGGCUCAUGCGCCAGCUGCUUGUGAUCAACGAGAGCAUCGAGUCCAUCAAGUGGAUGAUUGAAGAGAAAGCCACCAUCACCAGCCGAGGCAGCAGUCUCAGUGGCAGCCUGUGCAGCUUACUGGAGAGUCAGAGCACCUCCCUCCACGGCAGCUACAACAGCCUACACGAUGGCAGCGACGGGCUGGAUGGCAUCUCCGUGGGGAGCUAUCUGGACACCUUGGCAGAUGAUGUGCCAGGCCAUCAUACCCCGUCAGACUUGGACCAGUUCAGUGACAGCUCCGUAACGGAGGACUCCCAAGCACUGCGCAAGCCUCCCAAAUUGGAUUCUGAAUACUACUGCUUUGGCUGAUGGCCCAGGUUUUUUGCAUGGGAGUAGUGUGCAAUUAACUUGUAUUUAUCUCUCUUCUCUGCUGCUAUAUUUUUGGUGUGAUUUUUUUUUUUACAUGAUAACCUUUAAAAAAAAGAAGCAUAUUUUGAAACUGCUUGAUGAUAUUUCUGUUGCUCCUAAUAUUUCUAAUCUGGAUUCAUCUAUUUUUCUCUUUUACAUCUCUAUUUUUAUUUAUUACAAUGAUUUUUUUUCCUCUCCCUUCUUUUCCAGUGGCACAAAGAAAGAAGGGGGAAAGAAUAAGCAAUAAUUAUGUUUUCGCUUUUGUUUUCAGAGCAAGGGGUCAGGGAUGACAUCAAAAACUUUGCUAAAUUUUGCAAUAAACCAAAGUCUGAUAACAG